CAUAUAAACCUGAAAUGAAUGUAAAAACAUCAGAAGAUGUGUAUAAUUUUGCGAAAGACUGUUUAAAAAUAAAAGAAGAAAUAGAGAAUAGCACGAAGCAAAUCCCCAAAAAGGAAAAAAAAAAAAACACAGAUCACCAAUGGGGGAACAAUUCAUCCAAGUACAAUUCUGAUUAUUCAAAGUUUGAAAACUGCCUUAAGGAAAUCGAGCAAAAUGACGAACUGGAGGAGGAGCAACACCAGCAGAAGAACAAGCAGCACUUCCUAAAUAGUAGGAACCCAUGUACCCAUGACCAUUCCAAGGAAAGACAACUAUAUGAGAAAGAAUCCAAAGAAAAAAUAAAAGCUUCCAACGCUUUUAAUGAAGAAGGGAAGAAAGCAUUUUACGAAAAAAAUUACAAACUCGCUUGCGUUUACUUUCGUAAGGGGCUUAUACAGUUGGAUUAUUCCUUCCCCGACUCAGAGAAAGAACAGGAUGAACAGAAUAGACUCGAAGUUAACUUACAUUUGAACCUGGCCAUAACGAAGUUUCACAUGGCCAACUAUCAUGAAUGCAUCAGUGAAUGCUCCACGGUUCUCAACCUAGACAAGAACAACGCCAAGGCGCACUACCGAAAGGGACAUGCCUACAUGAGCCUGGACAUGUAUAACGAAGCCAAGGAGGAAUUCUUAAAGGUCCUCGAAAUUAACCCCACAGACAAUGACGUGAAAAGGUCCCUACUAACUUUGAAGAACAAAAUGGUCAGUUAUACCAAGAGGGAGAAAUUAGUCUGCUCUAAGCUUUUUCCUUCCAGUGAAAAAGAAAACGAUAACGAAAAUGAAAACGGAAACUUGCCCAUGGGGAUAAAGGGACCCAACAAUACCUACGCAACGGGUCAACCAAAUCAUGAUGGUGACAACAUAGAACGUUCUGACGCAGGUAAAAGUAUACCUACAAUGAAUGCACAGAAUGAUCUUACGAAAGACGUUGAAAAGGAGAACGUCACUAAUAGCAACGUGACACUAAAUUGUGGGGUAAAAAACCCUUCCGGUUAUUCCCACAAAAGGAAGGAAUACUUCCCAACUUUUUCAUCAAAUGCAAAUGGGUCGAAUUUUUUUAAAAACUCUUCUCCAAUUUUCUUAUUAAACAACAUAUUUUUAUACCUCCUGGUUUGUUUUUUUGUUUUUUUCUUUUUACUAUUCCUUUUUAUGUUUAUCUUUACUUCGUCUAAAUUUUUUUCCACGUUUUUCUUCACCACUUUGUCAAUUGUAGCCUUCAUGUAUUACGUAUUUGUGUAUGUUCACAACACAGCAAAGAAU